AUGAUUUCAAAAUUAAUUGAAUAAUCGCCUUCAAUAUGCCCUGAAAACAUAUAAUGUAAAAAUAAAGAAUGUAAUUUAAUGCAUCCAAGAUGUUUUGCAGGGGUAUGUAUUAAUAAUUUAAAUGGAAAAUGUAAGAAACCUUGCCCUCAAAAUUUGAAUCAUAUUGGUAAGGGUAAUUUGAAAGAGAAGCUCUAAAUGAUUUCAAUUAAUGGUGUUUUUGUUAUUAAUUUAUGUCCAAAAAUUGAUUGUAAAAACAAUAAUUGCUAUUAUCUACACAGAGAUUGGAUAUCAAAGAGAAAUAUUUGCAUGAAAAAUUUAAAAAAUAGUGAUGAUUGUGAGGGAGAAUGUGAAAACAAUUAAAAACAUUUAGAUUGGGAGGAACUUAGAUAAGAAGUGUUAAAGGAAUAUGAAUAUAAAAAUAUAAGCCCAGAAUCAAUAACAGAUGUAGAUAAAAUAUAUCAUUCUUUGGAAAAAUAUUGCCUAAAGUAUUUUAAAGGUAUUUGCGAUUACAAAGGAUAAUGCCCUAAAUUUCAUGUAGAUUGGGAGAAUAUUAGAAAUGUAUCAGCUGAUUAAUUUGAAAGAAAAAAAUUGAUUCCAUGUACUCAUAGUUUAAAACCAUAAUUGCAAAGAAUGGAUAGCAAAUCAUAUAAAAAGUUAGAAUUACUCUUCGAUAAAUAAAAACUCUAAAAAUUAUAACAUGAUAUUAAAGAAAGAAAUAUUUUGGAUGUUGUAUUUAUAAUGGAUUGCACUGGUAGCAUGGGUAUUUGGAUAGAUUAAGCUAGAGAAAGUAUAUCAUCAAUAAUCGAUAUUUUUAACAAGACUGUAUCAUAAACAUUAAUUAGAAUAGCCUUUGUUGGCUAUAGGGAUUUUAAAGACAAUAAACAUAUUUAAUAUCAUGAUUUUACAACGGAUGUUGAUUUGAUAAAGUAAUUUAUCAGUACCCUCGAAGCUGAAGGGGGUGAUGAUGAAGCAGAAGAUGUCGCAGGUGGAAUUGAGCAAGUUUUAAAAUUGAAUUUUUCUAAACAUCCUGAAAGUAUACUUUGCACAUUUUUGAUAAGUGAUGCUCCUACACAUGGCAAAUAAUACCAUGAUAAUGAAGUUGAUGAUGAACAUAAUGACGAGAUUAAAGAUGGUUCUUUGGAAAAACUGAUGUAGGUAUUAGAUUAAAAAAAGAUUCCUAAUAAUUAUUUCUUUUGUUGUAAAUUAAAUGAUACUACAAAUAAGAUGUUUGAAAUUAUGAAAUAAAACUUCAAGAAUUUAGAGAUAAGUUAAUUAGAAACAUAAGAUUUUGCAAAUUAUGUUUCUAUAUCCAUGAUCAAAUCUUUUAAAUAAUCUUCCAUAAAUUUAAUGAAUAGUUUGUAAUAAAAAACAUAAAAAAUUUUUGCACACUUUAUUUGGCACAAAGCAAUUGAGCCGGUCGAAUGCAAUAAUAAAAACAAUUUAAACUACUUUUCGAAUUUUUUAACUUAAAUGGGUAAAAAUUAAGUUGGAGGGGAUACAAUCUUAGAAAUAGAAAUGAAUUAGAAAAUAUUGAGUUAGAAUGAUUAAGGAAUGGUUUCCUACAUCUUUGAAGCAUUUGAUGUCAGAAAUAAUUUGAAAGUUAUUAUAAAACUUCCAAAAAAAGUUGUAGACCUAUAUUAAAAUAAGAAAGGGUAAAUUGAUGAAGAUAUAAUCUAAAAUGCUUAAAAAGCAUCUUUUGUCAGAUAUAAUUAAACUAUAAUAGCAAAAUAAUUAAGUUGUGCAUACAGAUUACAAACUAAGUCAAUCGAUAAAGCACAUCCAAUUUUUUAUGUAACUCCUAUAAAAUAUACACUUUGUCAGGAAUUUAUGGGAUUAAAAGAUCUUUAUGCAGAGACUAACAUAAAUAUUAAUGGUCCUUGGGAAAAGAUUUCUAAUAAUACUAAUUACAUGGAUAAGGAGAAGGAAAAUUAUUCAGCUUUUAGUCAUUUUACAUAUUAUUUCACAAAUAAAAGUUUAGUAAUUAAUGAUCUCUAAGGAAAAUAAGGAGUACUUUCAGAUCCAUGCAUACAUACAAAAUAAGAUAUUGGAUAUUUGCGGGAUGAAACAAAUUAAGAGAUGUUAGGAAUUGAAACCUUUUUUUAAACAUAACAUAGUUAAUGUAAUGAUAUUUGCAAGAGUUUAGGAUUAAAGAGGAAUUGUGAUGAUUUUAACAUUUCAAUUCCUGAAACGAGAACAUUCUUAGAACUAAAAUAACUUAAUCUUCAGUAAGUAAAUGCUGUUUGUAAUGUUUGUGGUGAUAUUUUCUAAAUUAAAUAUGAAGACUAUAAAAGUUAAAUUGAUACUGCUUAUACUUGCAAAAGUUGUGUUGAAGUUAAUGAAUUCACUGAAAUUUGUGAAUGUUGUGGAAAUGAAUUCAAAUUUAAUCUAAAUAGAGUACUAAAAUAAGCAUUAGAUUUAAAAAUAUGUGAUUAGUGUUAAAAAGAUUGCUUAGAUUAAAGAUGCAAUGAAUGUGCAUAAAUUUUAUAAAAACAAAUUACUUAUUGUGAAAAGUGUGACAAAAAGUAAUAAUGUUAUUACUGUAAAUCAAAGUGUUCUAGAAGAAAUGUAAAGUAAAAAGUUAAUGCUACUAAUGGAGUAUCAAUAUACUUAUGUGAGGAAGCAUGGUAAUUUUUUUAAAACUUAUAUUGUUUCAAAUGCUUUUAAGAGUUUUCCUACCAAAGUUGGCCUUCUUAGACGGAGUAUAUAAAAGGAGAGUAUCUAUGCUAUAAAUGUUAAAAACAAUGA